AGCUAGCGGAGACUGCCCGGCCGCAGCGACCUGACCUGGACGAGCGGCGCGCCCGGGGGCCCAGGCGGGGGGCGGGAGGAAGCUCCCGGCAGCGCCGGCCGCCCGGGCCCAGGAGGAGCGGAGCGGAGCGGAGCUGGGACACGGGCGGGGCCGCCGCAGCUCCGGAUGGGACCAGCGCCCUGGGCCCGUUAGUCCAAGCUGGAGCUUCUGGAGAAGCCUUCACAGGGAGAUUUGCCCCUGCCUUUCCCUCUCCUCCAGCCCAGGCCUCGCUUCGCUCCCCGCCCGCCCAUGGUCCCUGUCCUUCCGCGGCACGGGCCCCCUCCCACCUUACCCCCUUGGUCUUCCUUUUCGCAGCUCUCAGCCCUCCCAGCCCCUUCAGCUGUGAGGUCUCCUCAGGCCUUUCCUUUGUACCAGCCUGCCCCCCACCCCCACCCCAUCCCAGUCUCGGAUCCCCUUUUCCUUCUCAGCUAAAGCUCAAGAUUCAUCAGGCUCCUUCACGCCUCACUGGCCCCAUCCCAGUCGCAGGCCCCCUUGGUCCCUACCUUUUCCUGCCACCCUACUCAGCCCUCAGUCCUUGCCCCAGGCUGGUGGACCCACUCCUUACCCACCCCCCGGGGCUCCCUCCCAUCUCCUCCUCACCCGCCCCCAGCACUUUCUGCGUCGCAGCCUACCUAGCUUAUCCUCACUUCUCUCCCUGGCCAUCUUCCCCAGGUUCCAGGCUGGGUGGUGCCUGUGCCUCCCCCGUAGGCCAGAGCGGCACCAGGGUCUGGGGGUGGCAGGGCCACUGCUUUCUCCCAUGGCACUGCCAUCACUCCUGCUGUUGGUGGCAGCCCUGGCAGGUGGGGUGCGCCCUCCGGGGGCGCGGAAUCUGACGCUGGCGGUGGUGCUGCCGGAACACAACCUGAGCUAUGCCUGGGCCUGGCCACGGGUGGGUCCUGCUGUGGCACUAGCUGUGGAGGCGCUGGGCCGGGCUCUGCCCGUGGACCUGAGGUUUGUCAGCUCUGAACUAGAUGGCGCCUGCUCUGAGUACCUGGCACCGCUGCGCGCUGUGGACCUCAAGCUGUACCAUGACCCCGAUCUUCUGUUGGGUCCCGGUUGCGUGUACCCCGCUGCCUCUGUGGCCCGCUUUGCCUCACAUUGGCGCCUUCCCCUGCUGACUGCGGGUGCUGUGGCCUCUGGUUUUGCAGCUAAGAAUGAGCAUUAUCGUACCCUGGUGCGCACUGGCCCCUCUGCUCCCAAGCUGGGUGAGUUUGUAGUGACAUUACACGGGCACUUCAAUUGGACUGCCCGUGCUGCCUUGCUGUAUCUGGAUGCUCGCACAGACGACCGGCCUCACUACUUCACCAUCGAAGGCGUCUUUGAGGCCCUGCAGGGCAGCAACCUCAGUGUGCAACACCAGGUGUAUGCCCGUGAGCCAGGGGGCCCUGAGCAGGCCACCCACUUCAUCCGGGCCAACGGGCGCAUUGUGUAUAUCUGUGGCCCUCUGGAGAUGCUGCAUGAGAUCCUGCUUCAGGCCCAGAGGGAGAACCUGACCAAUGGGGAUUAUGUGUUCUUUUACCUGGAUGUCUUUGGGGAGAGUCUUCGUUCAGGCCCCACACGCUCUACAGGCCGGCCCUGGCAGGACAAUCGCACCCGGGAACAGGCCCAGGCCCUCAGAGAGGCCUUUCAGACAGUAUUGGUGAUCACAUACCGAGAACCGCCAAAUCCUGAGUACCAGGAAUUCCAGAAUCGUCUGCUCAUAAGAGCCCGGGAAGAUUUUGGUGUGGAGCUGGCCCCCUCCCUGAUGAACCUCAUUGCUGGCUGCUUCUAUGAUGGCAUCCUGCUAUAUGCUGAAGUCCUGAACGAGACAAUACAGGAAGGAGGCACCCGGGAAGAUGGACUUCGAAUCGUGGAGAAGAUGCAGGGCCGAAGAUACCACGGUGUAACUGGACUGGUGGUUAUGGACAAGAACAAUGACCGAGAGACUGAUUUUGUCCUGUGGGCCAUGGGAGAUCUGGAUUCUGGGGACUUCCAGCCUGCAGCUCACUACUCAGGAGCCGAGAAGCAGAUUUGGUGGACAGGACGGCCUAUCCCCUGGGUGAAGGGGGUCCCCCCCUUGGACAAUCCCCCCUGUGCCUUUGACUUGGACGACCCAUCCUGUGAUAAAACUCCGCUUUCAACUCUGGCGAUUGUGGCACUGGGCACAGGAAUCACUUUCAUCAUGUUUGGGGUCUCCAGCUUCCUCAUUUUCCGUCCUUACAGAAAGCUGAUGCUGGAGAAGGAGCUGGCUAGCAUGUUGUGGCGCAUUCGCUGGGAAGAACUGCAAUUUGGCAAUUCAGAACGAUAUCAUAAAGGUGCAGGCAGUCGCCUCACACUGUCGCUGCGGGGAUCCAGUUACGGCUCGCUCAUGACAGCCCAUGGGAAAUACCAGAUCUUUGCCAACACCGGUCACUUCAAGGGAAAUGUUGUCGCCAUCAAACAUGUGAAUAAGAAGCGCAUUGAGCUGACCCGGCAGGUUCUGUUCGAACUCAAACACAUGAGAGAUGUUCAGUUCAACCAUCUCACUCGCUUCAUUGGUGCCUGCAUUGACCCUCCCAAUAUUUGCAUUGUCACUGAGUAUUGUCCUCGAGGGAGUUUACAGGAUAUUCUGGAAAAUGACAGCAUCAACUUGGACUGGAUGUUUCGUUAUUCGCUCAUUAAUGACCUUGUUAAGGGCAUGGCCUUUCUCCAUAACAGCAUUAUUGCAUCCCAUGGGAGUCUCAAGUCCUCCAACUGUGUGGUGGAUAGUCGUUUUGUGCUCAAAAUCACAGACUAUGGCCUGGCCAGCUUCCGAUCAACUGCUGAACCUGAUGACAGCCACGCCCUCUAUGCCAAGAAGCUGUGGACUGCCCCAGAACUGCUCAGUGGGAACCCAUUGCCAACCACAGGCAUGCAGAAGGCUGAUGUCUAUAGCUUUGGGAUCAUCUUACAGGAGAUAGCACUUCGCAGUGGUCCUUUCUAUUUGGAGGGCCUGGACCUCAGCCCCAAAGAGAUUGUCCAGAAGGUCCGAAAUGGUCAACGGCCAUAUUUCCGGCCGAGCAUUGACCGGACCCAACUGAAUGAAGAGCUGGUGUUGCUGAUGGAACGAUGUUGGGCCCAGGAACCAGCUGAGCGGCCAGACUUUGGACAAAUUAAGGGGUUCAUUCGCCGCUUUAACAAGGAGGGUGGCACGAGCAUACUGGACAACCUGCUGUUGCGCAUGGAGCAGUAUGCCAACAACUUGGAGAAGCUGGUGGAGGAGCGCACACAGGCCUAUCUGGAGGAGAAACGCAAGGCGGAGGCUCUACUCUACCAAAUUCUACCCCAUUCAGUGGCAGAGCAGUUAAAGCGGGGAGAGACUGUACAGGCGGAGGCCUUUGACAGUGUUACCAUCUACUUCAGUGACAUUGUUGGCUUCACAGCUUUGUCAGCAGAGAGCACCCCCAUGCAGGUGGUGACACUUCUUAAUGACCUGUAUACCUGCUUUGAUGCCAUAAUUGACAACUUUGACGUCUACAAGACAUGGAAGAAUUAUACGGGAUGUGGGUACAGAAGGAUUUAUUGGGCUGAGGGACAAGCUACCUUGUAAAAAAUUUUGUUGAAGUCAUUGAGUUGGCACGGCGUGGGCUUUCCUGUGCUUGGCAAUAAAAAAUCAUCAGGAUUUAGGUGUUGACUUUGUGACUAAUUGUGUGACCCUGGGCAAGUAAUGGUAAAGCUCCUUGAGCCUCAGAUAUUUACCUAGAAGACAGGAAUAACAGAUGUAUUGUGGACAUGUCUAACAUUACACCAAUGUCUAAUACAUACCUGUUCCUAUCCCUUUCCUUUGGACUUACUCUACUAUGUGUUGUUACUGUCACAAAAAACUCCCAUAAACCCUUUACUCAGAUUCACCGAUUAUUCAUACUUUACUCCUGUUUGCUUUAUUUUUAAAAAACCUAUCUAUCCACCUAAUUCUUUCUGAACCAUUUGAGAGUAAGUUGCAGGCACAGUGCCCCUUUAUCCCUAAACAGUUCAGUGUCUAGUUCCUAAAAACAGGACAUUCUUUUGUAUAGCUUCAGUACAAUUAACAAAGCCAAGCAUCUGCUUUCUUGCCUUGGACAGUUCAGGCUGUCUGAGGCCUAGUUCACGGGGCCUGCCUGACCUCCUCACCAGCCUCUGUGCUCUUCAGGUUAGUCCCGUUUUCUUGCUUCCCAUUUCCUGACAGCAGAGCCUAUUUGUUCAUGUCUUGUUGCAGACAGGGUAUCCAUUCCCUCAGCAAAUGGUUACUGAGUGUUCGCCAGGUACAGGGGUGGUGUGGGAGGAUUUAGAGACUCCCUGAAUCUGUGCCCGCACCCCACCUCCCGAUUCUCAGGACCAUGGCACUUAUUUUCCAGUCAAUGCUCUGGCCUCUUAGGCUGCUGAGAUGACUCAUAGUGGCGUCCACUGCUCUCCUUCUGCUCUUCCCCAUUCCCACUGAUACACAUAGAGGUGACCUUUUAAAUCCCAUC